GCGAAAUCAUGAUCUCCGCGGCCGAUCGGAAGAAGCUGUUUAAGUCUAAGGCGCGCGCGGAGUCCAGCCAAGAACGGCCUCCGCUCCCAACUCCCGCACUGUCUGCCGAGCAUGCCCAGGCGAGGAAGAAGCGCAAGGAGGUGAGCUCCUCGGCGGAAGGGGCUUCGCUGAGCGGGGCGAGGUCUCCACCCUCGCGCUCGGUGGACUACGGGAACCUGGCCUUCGUGAAGGUGGCGUUCCCCCUCAAACCUUCGUUCUUGCAUGGGGACUAUGAGCCUCGCCGUUUUCUACAGAGCUUCAUCCCUCCGCCCGACCGAAUGGAGAUAAGUUUGGCCGCCACGCAGGACCUCGCCUCCACUCUCUUGCUCGAGUUGGGCUCGGUGGCCAUGCGCGCCCCAGAGCUGGUGGAGCGCUUCGAAUGGUAUGUGGCGGAGAAGGCCAAAGGUGAAGAGGAGCUUCGGAGGCUACAGGAGCACGUGGCUGGCCUCGAGGGGAAGCUCGCUGAUGCGGAGGAGCGGGUCCGGGCCGCGAAGCAGGCACGCGCUGCUGCCGAGGAGGAAGCACGCCGUCUUGAUGGGGAGGCCGAGCAUGUAAUUGAGGCCUUUCAGACCUCCCCUGCGUUCGAGGAGGCGGCUCUCUCCCGCAUGGACGAUCUCUUGAAGAUCUGGGCUCAAACUCCGGCCGGCCAGCGUCUCCUUUUCAAAGAAGGGCAAGCCAACUAUUCCCUGGGGCUGCAACGGGCUCAAGAGGUUCUGCUCGAGCGGAUCCAAAAGGGGAAAGAACUCCCGAAGCCAUGCGAGAACCCUGAGGAGUUUGACUCAUCCAUCUACUACUCUGAGGACGAGGACGCCAAUGGCGGGGGCGAGGACACCGUCGGUAACUGAACGCAGCUGGGCCCACCGAUGAACUCCACCCUUAGUUUUUUUUUCCUUUGAUGUAAUGUUUCUGCGCUCGAACAAUGUAUUUUGCACCGCGCAACUAUCACCCUUG